AUGGAUUCCCCAACCUUAGAUGAAGAUUCAACUGAAAAAACGGAAAAAUACUUCAACGGAAUUACGAGUUCAGAACUUGAAUGUCCAGACCAUGAAUACACUGGACCAAUUGACGCAAAUAUUGUCACAAUGGGAGCAUCAAACGUCACAAUAAAUCAAGAUAAAGACCGGGAAAUUGAGUCAGAGGGAGCGGUAUCUGAUGACGAUACAGUCUGGCUGACUGAAUCAAUUUCAAUGUCGCAAAAUGAAAAGAUAUCGAAGUACGGUCUCGUUUACAAAGGUCAACAAAUCCAUGGAGAAUUCGGUGUCACUCCGGUUGCGGUGAAGCUGAUUCCGUAUUACACAGAGAAUGAGAAGGAAGCAAAAAUCCUAGUGAAACUGAGUCGUCACCCAAAUGUCGUUAGCAUGAUACAGUCUGGUAUUCACUCAUCUGGUCCCGUGAAAUACAUAUUCAUCGUUAUGGAGAUGUGCAGAAACGAAACGCUUCGUGAAUUUGCAAAUGGCUGUGAAGACUUGACGGAAGAAAUCAGAAAGAUUUUCACAAAACAGCUCGUUGAUGGCCUCGCUCACAUUCACGAAAAGAAAAUAAUUCAUCGUGAUUUGAAACCGAGUAAUAUAUUGGUCACACUCGACGGAAAACAUCUCAAAAUUUCUGAUUUCGGCGUGAGCAAAGAAAUGAGAAGCGGACGAACCGUUACGGCAUUGACCCAUGCACGAGUCGGCACUGACGGAUGGAGAGCCCCAGAAACAUACAACAAGGAUAUCAUUUCGCAAAAAGCUGACAUUUUUUCUCUCGGUCUUGUCUACUUUUUCAUGUGGAGUGGGGGUCGCCAUCCUUUUGGUAGCGAUCCAGAUGACUGGAACAAGAAUAUCAAGAAAUAUAUCAACAGGGAUUUAGAUCAUCUUGUGAAAAUGGGAACCUCAUACGUCAUAGAUUUGAUAGCGUGGAUGUUAGCAUUGGAUGGCGAAGAAAGACCGACUUGUGAAGAAAUUAAACAACACACAAUGCUUAGUGGCAGGAUGAGAUGCCCCACGAUGCUUCGGAUGGUAUCUCCACCAGUAGUACUUGCUAGGAGUUCCGAAAAAGUGGAACGGAUGAGAAAAGAAGGUCCCGUUUUAUUUUCUCAAUAUGGAUUCUAA